GUGGAGUUCCAAGCUUUAUCUUUCGAUAUACAAAUAUGUGCUUUCAUACCGACUGUAACAGAGUGCGCCUAUUAUUAUUAUUUUUUUAAAAGAAUUUGGUGGAUACGGACGUAUAUUUUCCGUAGCUAUAAAAUGAUGUAAGCUCCUCGUUGCCGUGUGUUUCCCUCCUAUUGUACGUCCCACGCGUUACGUAAGUCCCAAUCCCCUGAUCACGUUGACUAAGAGGAAUAUACUUAAUAGAUUGUACACAGGACGCCAUUCCAAACGCUAACUUUGCCAAAUGAAACAAUCUCGGUGAGCAUUCAGCGACUCCCAGAGGGCAAACUCACCACAUUGAACGGCCGUGUCGCGCAUCUCCGGGCCCUCACUUUGGCAGGACUCGCUGAUCGACGAUGUUUGGCAAUUUUCUUUCCCUCUGCGUGUCGUUUUGAGGACCUCGUUCUCCAUCUUGACCUUGGAUAAUUCCGCCUUUAAUUCGUCGACCAUAGUUUCAAAAAGUUUGGUAGUUUCCGCGACGGUACCCUUCACUAUACCCUCCAUGAAGGAGGUGUACUUGGUCUGGAAGUCGUCUGCCGACAUCGUAGCGCUCUCGUCUUUCUUCACACUUCGUAACGAGGAGCCCGCUUUGGAGCAGUAUUUACAGCUUAGUCCAAAUGCGGCGUCAACGCCAACGUCGUCAACAUGGCUUCCUCAAACCUUCCCCGCUUUGUGAUGGGGAUGCGCGAGUGUUGAACGAGUCGUUCAAUCCUCACUGAAUCAGGACUCACGGGUUCUCAUCUCUGUUACCUCGCUAGAAACUGCUAGCUACAUGAAAAAAGGAAAUCAAGCAACAAAGCGGGAACUUCACGAGCAUGCACUCUGUGAUGGGUGAUUCGAGUGAACCGAGUGCCCGAUUGACGCAGGUUUGCGUGCAUACGCUUGAGUGAAUUGAACACCCGACUCACAUCUGAGAAUUUCUGCACACCUGUGACUAAGUGCCCGAUUCACUUCGGCGAGUGACUCAUAAUAAGUCGAGUCAGUAAAAGGAAUCGAGUUUCCCAUCGCCACUUCGAAGAGACGUGACGUUCGCGAGAGACACGAGUCUUCUGACUGUUUUAACUGACGGAUGAGAACCGAUUCCCGACUGCAUCUAAGAACAGCUCGUCUGAGUUGGUCUCAAAUGUCAAACAAUAUAAUCAAUAACGCUUAAAUUGAUUUUUUUUUGUUUUGUCCCAAAUGACUCACCAAAGUUUUCAGUUUAUUUGCACUAGAGCACCUCUUUUUAAAAUUCAUAUAUAAUUUCCCUUCCUCUGUGUGGUCCAUAGCUUUUUACUGGCCCGCGGCACAUUCUAAACAUAUAAUUUUAACAAGAAAACAAACACACACAAAAAAUAGAAAAAUCUGCAGUAAUUUCACAAGAAUAAAGUUGAAAUAUAAAGAGAAAAAAGUUGUAAUCUAACAAGAAAAGUGUUUAAUUUUAAAGAGAAUAACAUGUUAAUAUUAUGAAAAAAAAUAACGUCAUUUUAUUAGCAUAAAGCUGAAAUAUUAUAGAAAAAAGAGGUUAUUUAAAAAAAAGAAGUCAUAAUACUAUAAGAAACAAACAAAACCAGCAAAGUUGUAAUUUUUGGAAAAUUUUCUGAGAAAAAAGUAUGAUUUUACGAGAAUAAACUCGUAAUGUCAUGAGGAAAAAUAAUGUAAUUUUAGUAGAAAAAAAUGUUAUUUUUUCAAAGUCAUAAUAUUAUGAGAAACAAAACAACGAAUAAUGAGAAUAAUGUUAAAAUAUAGGAAUAAUGUCAUAAUUAUGAGAACAGACUACUAUUAACUACUGUUGUUGUUUAAAGUCGUAAUAUUAUGAGGAACAAAACAAAAUAGAAUUGUAAUUUGGGGGAAAUUAUUGAUUGUUUGUAAUAUGUUGAGAUCACCCUGAACAGUCGUCGCUUUUGAGUGUGACGUCACGGACGCCCCGGCUGACGGAAAACGUCCAUCGAAGAUGAAACGGGACGGUGGUUAGCGAGACGAACCGACAUGAAGCGCCUUCUUGACGGAGUUUAAUGGAGUCAAGUAGAUUCGGAAUGCUGAAAGAGUUGGUGAAGGAGCGACCCAUGGCGGCGGCUGAUGAUAUACUGGCGCUGUUUGAGGAGGAACUUUCUCGAAUGAGAAAGCGCGGCCGCAUGCUGAGACUCAAAUGGUGCCACACAUUAAAGGUACUCCGGUUUCCUCCCACAUUCCAAAAACAUGCAUGUUAGCUUCAUUGGAGACUCUAAAUUGUCCAUAGGUAUGAAUGUGAGUGUGAAUGCUUGGUUGUCUAUAUGUGUCCUGCCAUUGGUUUGCCACCAGUCCAGGGUGUACCAUGCCUCUUGCCCAAAGUCAGCUGGGAUAGGCUCCAGCAUACCCCCAUGACUCUAGUGAGGACAAGCGGCAUAAAAGAUGGAUGGAUUGAUGGAUUUUAUUCACCGAGACAUGACCAACAGCCAGUGAAAAGACAGCCAAGGACACAGCAGGAAGGCGGGACGUAAACAGGAAGCCAAGUCACAACGUCCAGCAGCUGAUUGGUCAUUAAGAAGAACGUCCCACUUUGAAGCAGGAGGACCCCACCCCGUUGAAUAGGAAAAGGCUGGAGAAUGUCUUCUCAGGUCAGAUCUCAUCAAGUUGCCACUGACUGGUUUCUCUGUAAAGACUGAAGACCCCGAAGACGAACCACAAGCAGACGAGCUCUUAGCUCUGCUAUCAGGCAGCGACCACACAAUGUCACGCUCUCCUGAGGAUGAUGACAGUCACCACACCCAUUAAGCUUUGUAAAAAUGAGGACUCACGCUGACAGCAAACACUCUGAAUGCUGUAAAAAAGAAGACGGGUAAAAAAAACCUUUCACCUGCUCAGUUUGUGCGAAAAGCUUUUCUUUUAAGAGUCAUUUCAUUCAACACAUGACAGCACGCAUACGGGAGAAAAACCUUUUAGUUGCUCAGUUUGUGGCGAUACAUUUCCUCAGAGGUUCAGUUUGACUCGACACAUGCGGACGCACACGUGAGAAAAACCUUUUAGUUGCUCUGCUUGUGGCGAACAAUUCUCCUGAGUCACAUAUGGAAUCACACAUGAAGAUACACACCGGAGAAACACCUUCUUGUUGUUCUCAUAAGAAAAGUUUCACACUCCACUUUGGAGCAGGAGGAUCCCCAGCUCGCCACGUUGCCACUGACUGGUGUCUCUGUGAAGACUGAAGACCAUGAAGACAAACCACCUGAGUCCUCACGUUGGUUGUGUCCUUCAGACGUCUUGCAGAUGAUUGGUUGUCAAAAAGAACUUCUCCCUCGGUCGUAGGGCUUGGGCUCCGCAGGAGACUCAAGUAAAGACCACCGGAGCUGCUGUGUUUGACUCGUUUUAUCUUCAGUCUCGAACAUCAUACUGUAUAUGGGAUCACACACGAGAACGCACGUAGGAGAAAAAACAUGAUGUGAUACCAGCUUCCCUCAUGAGUUCCGAGUUAGUGUGUCACUGAGGAUAGCAUCUACAUCCGGGGUCUCCAAAGUGUGGCCUGGGGGCUAUUUCCUAUUUUUUUCAUUGGUAAAAGUUGUUCCCAUGAGAACAUUUUGACAGCACACGGAGAAUAAACGUUCUGUUCUCCAGUUGGUGCUCAAAGAUUGUCAAGUCAGGGAUGUGUAAUGUCACACGCGGGGACAUCCUGCAGGUAUCUGGCCUCACUGUACUGGGGCCUCACUUAUAAAGCUUGCAUACGCACAAAACGCACAUAAGUUGCCGUACGCCGUUUUCCACACACAAUACGGUGCCUAUAAAAACACAACACACAACUUUUGGAGACAUGGCAAAAAGACCACGCGCAUUCGAAGCGCCAGUAACGAUGUAUCCAUCACUGCAUGGAAACGUCACGCUGUUAUUGACUUGAACAUUUGUGGAAAGUGUUGCUAUUUGACAUGGCACCAAUGGAUAUCAUUUAUCACAAACACCGUUACGCACCAGCGUAUAGCAUCCCCACUAAAAGAUACAUGAAAAACACAACGCAGCGCUUCAAUACUUCAUCAUUUUAUGUUAUAAUCAUGAUAAUGUGUUGCAUUCAUAUUGAUGAUAACAAGUCAAUGAAAUCGUUCUACAGGGUUUAACUUUACAAGACACAGGGCUAAUAUGUCCUCAGUGUUCUGUUUCUUGCUAUUUUUCCGACAAUUUAUCGAAAAAAUAACAGUUUUUGGUUGCAUAUGUCAAGUAUGUCAUCAGUAGCAACAUUUAUUUACCAUGCACAGCCUUUAUUCGUGUGGACGGGUGUCAGGGCCGUGUGCGUAAAUAACACACAACAUUAGUUCCUCAUCAAAUAAUGAUGAUAUAGCUCAUAGUUUGAUGGCGUUAAUGUCAUCAUGAAGUUAAAUAUUUUUUAACCAUCCGUCUGGAAUCACAGCAAUUUAUUUUCCACACAAGUUCAUUCCCGUUUUGAGUCAUUGUGUCCACUUUUAAAUGAAAUAUUUGGAAAGCUUAUGUUCAUCUAAAAUGUGCUAGAAAUUAGGAAAAAUGUAGAAAUGUGCUCACUAAAAAUGGAAAUGUGUGAAUGAAAACUGACGCUAUAGACGGCAGACUCGCUCAUCUUCCUCUUGUUGGUAAUGCCACUGCUGUGUUCUCCAAAUAUGGUGUUUUUACGGGCCUCCAGCUCUCCAGCUAAGAUUUCCACCGCAGUUUCGGUGAAGUUCUGUUUCUUCGUCUUCUCAGCAGCCGUGAUUCAGAAGAACUGAGCGAAAUGCAAUCAGGGUUCGUUCAUAGGCAGCAAAUUGCGUGAAUGUGUGGGUAUGCCACUUUUUUUUAGGUCUGAAUGUUUUUGUCUGCACGCACAUUUUGGAUUUCCAGUCAGAUUUCCAUGCACAGUUUUAUAGGUGAGGGCCCUGGUUCGCAUGGCUACGCCUUUCAGACACGCAUAUGCGACUGGCAGGAUCAACCAGGUAGACUCGUCAUGGGGUGACGGAUGAUUGAGAAGAAGAAGAAGGUCCCCCUCAGCCACAGCUCCACUUUGAAGCAGGAGGAUCCUCAGCCCCAUGAUAAUCUACAUGCACCGUCACGAGUUUACAUAUUUUGCUUCCGAUCUGGUCUUGAGUCGUUUUCAAUGCCGCAAGGUGGCAGCAGCGUGACGCCACGGAUGCUCUAGCUCCCGUAAAACCAUCGAUGAAGAAAAAGGCGGAAGUCAGCAACGCUUCAGGACAGACAAAAGAGCGAACGAGACGACGACGUGUGAGCGAGUUUUUUUUAAGGAAUAAGACGUUGAAAAUGUUGAAAAAUCUGAUAAGGGAGAGGCUAAUGGCGGCGGCCGAUGAAAUAUUCGGGAUGCUUGAAAGAACAAUCGCGUCGUACGAGGAGGAACUUUCUCGAACGAGAGAGGAGAAUGAGCGACGACGACGGCAACUUGACGCGGUUUGCGAGACCGGAAUUGGGCCGCCAAUCACAGACACCCGGCAGCUGGUCGCUUGUCAAGAAGAACGUCCACCUCGGCAGCAGGGGGCGGGUUCCGCUUUGAAGCACGAGGAACCCCAGCCCCCACAUGUUAAAGAAGAAGAGGAGGAAGUCUGGACCACUCAGGAGGGAGCGUGCCCCCUCGGGCCGGAGGAGGCUGAUCUGACUGUUGUCUCUGUGAAGGUCGAAGACGACAGUGAGGAGGAGGAAGCAGGCAACCUCUUGGCUCCGCUGUCAGAUCGUGAGGCUGAAGACGGGGCUGAAGGAGCUCUGAGCAGCGAUGCAGACGGCAAAAGCGAUGCGAGGACUCACGCUGUCGACACACCGUCCGAGCACGGCGAUCAGGAGGCCAUUAAAGAACGUUUGACCUGCUCGCUGUGCGCGAAAAGCUUCGCUAAAAAGAGCCAUUUGAAGGAGCACGCGCGGACGCACACUGGAGAAAAACCAUUCAGUUGCGCAGUCUGCGGCGACAAAUUUGCUCAGAGGUCUACUUUGAACGCACACAUGAGAACGCACACAGGAGAAAAACCCUUUAAAUGCGCUGUUUGUGACAAAAGAUUCUCGUACCGGUCAACUAUGGUGUCACACACGAUAACACAUACAGGAGAGAAGCCCUUCCCAUGUUUGGUCUGCACGAAAAGCUUUUCGUACAAAGGCAAUUUGAGUGCGCACAUGCAGACGCACAAAGCGGAGAAACCCUUUAGGUGCUUGGUUUGCGAGAAGAGGUUUUCUUAUAAAAGUAAUUUGAACGCGCACAUGCAGACGCACAAAUCAGAAAAACCCUUUAGGUGCUCGUUUUGCGGUAAAGGAUUUUCUCAGAACGCAACUUUGGUGUCGCACGUGAGAAUACACACAGGGGAAAAACCCUUCGGCUGCUCAGUUUGCGAGAAAAGAUUCUCUCAGAAUGCAACACUGGUGUCGCACAUGAGGACGCACACGGGGGAAAAACCCUUUAGCUGCACGACUUGUGGCGAAAGCUUUUCGAACAGAUCCAACCUGACGCAACACAUGCAGACGCACAAAGCGGAAAAAACCUUCAGCUGUUCAGUUUGCGACAAGAGCUUUUCGUACAAUAGCACUUUGUACGCACACAUGCAGACGCACAACACGGAAAAACCCUUUAGGUGUUCGCUUUGUGGUAAAAGAUUCACUCAAAAGGUGCACAUGGAGUCCCACAUGAGAACACACACGGGAGAAAAACCCUUUAGAUGCUCAGUUUGCGGGAAAAGAUUCUCUCACAACACGACUCUGGUGUCCCACAUGAGGACGCACACAGGAGAAAAACCUUACAGUUGCUCAGUUUGCGGCGAUACAUUUUCUUACAGGUACAGUGUAACUCAGCACAUGCGGACACAUGAAACAGAAAAACCCUUUGGCUGCUCGGUCUGCGGCAAGAGAUUCACCCAGAAAGUGCACAUGGAAUCGCACGAGAGGACACACACGGGUGAAAAGCCCUUCAGCUGCUCAGUUUGUGGUAAAAACUAUUCUUAUAAGAAAACCUUUGCAGCGCACAUGCUGACGCACAACGGAGAAUAGAUGUCGCGCUGAAAGAUGGCCACAUGGCAGAUGUGUAACGUCGCUCAGAAAGGGACGAUACCGCAUUCUCUCAUUACUUCCAAGUCAGUGUGCAAUUGUUUUCAUGGAUUUUUGUGCACUCUGGAGCAAAUAAGACUUUCCAACUGCACGGCUGAUACGCUUCAUGUAACGUCAGAAGGCACUUUCUUUUAGUUUGAGAAUUUAUUCGCACUCUUUGAUAUAAAAACCGUUUGGAUGGCGACCUCUUUGCAGCUCUUCUUUCUUUCUUCCCCAGCUUGAUGGACGCUUUGGGGAAUCGAUCCUUUAUGGCGGUUAACUGGUUC